AUGACAAAUCUGAAGUUCUUGUUGCUAUAUUUUGUAAUUUUUGAACUAUCAAUAGAGCAUGCAAAUACCAUUGGAAGAGGUUUAAUGGGAGGAUAUACAGAUGGUCUGCGCUUAGGACAAACAGUUAAAGAAUAUCAAACCGAUGUUGAACCAUUCAGCGACACCUUUUCUUGCAGCAACAUAAGUCGAGCUUAUUCUCGACCCGAUCUUGUUCCAUACGAUCCUUCCGUCGAGUUUAUGGAAAUGUUCUGGAGGAAUUUUGGUCCGGAAUUUAUAUACGCGGGGCCGGAAUCUAUGUUUACUGGAUAUAAUGUUAUGGAAACUGCAAUUAUUCCGAAAAUAGAUGAACUGAAGAGCACCGCGUGUUCGUUGCGCAGAAGGAUUCUAAAUUCCACUGCUCACGAUAUCCUGGAAAGUUACAAUUCUCUGGAUGCGAUAGAAAGUGUCACGCAUAUGGGACGAUAUACAUCGAAAGACCAUGACAAGUUGAAGGAUCUUAAAAACCGCUCGGAAAAAUUAUGGUUUAUGAGACAUCCAAAUAUCAACGAUCUUCUUGCUGCAAUGAAAACAUUUUUCUGUGGGUUUCACACUUGUAACGUUGGAGAAUGUGUAAUUGGAAGCGAGUAUGGAGAAGCGGAACUGGAAGCUGUAAGAAUUGAUUUGAUAAAAGCUUGGACAAAAAGUGUAGGAACAUCAGACCUGGAUGGCAAAGAGAACAUUGAUUUUAAAAGUGCUAUGGGAAUGAUGCAAAACAACGAUGAAGCUUUGAAUGGCGUACCCCUUGAAGACUUGCUACCAUAUUGGGUUUUACUACUUGCAGCAAUAGAUAGAAUUUUGUUUAUUACGACGUUUCUAGAGAAUAAUCCCACUGCAGAAAACUUUAUGAUGGCGGUGUGGUAUUCAACACAGUGUGAUUGCUUGGAAGACUUUAAAGGCGAAUUUUGCAACGUGUGUUAA